AUGGCCUUAUAUCGCACAACUGGGAAGCUCUCCGCCGUUAUGGGACAAGCAAAGUAUCACGCCGCUGCAGAAGGAGGGGGAACCAUUCUUGAGAUACCAGCUUGUGCUGUAACUGCGGACGAGCUAAAACAGGAGCUUCAGAGGCGACUCCAAACAUCGCAGUACACAAUCCAGCUGAAACGAGACCGAUACUCAGUCACACUGCCACUCCAUGGGAAGCAAGAUAUACUCAACACCCUCUAG